AAAAGAAAAAAAAGAAAGAAAAACCUCAAAUUCUAAAUCGUACGACAAAAUCCCCAUCGCCUCGAAAAACACCCGCGAAGAAAUCGCCGUUUCUGCAACGCGCCGGCAAUUUCAGCAUAAUUUGUUUGAUUUGUAAUCUGCUGAAGGAGAAGAACAGGCAUUAGAGUUUGAUCUGUUUCUCUUCGCAAUUUCCGCAGUAUUCCAUUCAGGUUCAGCUAUGGAUGCUUCUCUGCGGAACUCUCUCAAUCCCAAUAAACGUCUCAAAGAAGAGUUCGUCAGUAAUUUGACUGGAUCUUCUAUGAUUGAAAUUGCGGCGCUUUCUGCAAUUAUACCUAUUCUGGUGCUUCUUCGGCACUCGUUCAACUCCAGUGGCGUUUUUGAUGCUCCACUGAAGAAAAGUGAUAAUCCAGCUAUCCGCUCAAAGAGCUUGAAGCGAUACAUGGCUGCAAUUGCUGUAGAUUUUCUUGUUAUUGUGAUUCCCACUCUCUUGUUUUUCACUGUUCUAGCUGAAUGGUCAUGCUCAUGUGCACUUUUAUUGAUUUCACUAUUAUUGUUAUCUAUUGCAACUAAAGGAAUCCGCAGUCAUUCUCCAUUGGAGGCAGCAAACCAAACUCUAAAGGCAAAUAUUUCUUCGUAUAGGGUGGUUGUGAUGUUCACAACAUGCUUGUGUAUAUUGGCCGUUGAUUUCAGAAUAUUCCCUAGAAGAUAUGCUAAGACAGAGACUUAUGGUACAAGUCUGAUGGAUCUCGGUGUUGGUUCAUUUGUGCUGGCAAAUUCAUUCGUUUCUCAGCAGGCACGUAAUGUCCCAUCCACAAAACGGAAAGGUGCAUUAAAAUCUGUUUUUCCUCUUAUCAUUCUAGGAUUUAUUCGUCUGACAACUACUUCUGGUGUUGAUUAUCAGGUUCAUGUGGGAGAAUAUGGAGUGCACUGGAAUUUCUUUUUCACGCUUUCUGCUGUAUCAAUUCUUUCCACUGCCAUUAAUAUUCCUCCACAGUAUUCUGGAAUUUUUGGUUCAACAAUUCUAGUAGGGUACCAGUAUUGGUUGAUAUAUGGGUUAAAUACUUAUCUUCUUUCAAAUCAGAGGGAAUCAGAUAUAAUCAGUCAAAACAAGGAAGGACUUUUUAGCAUAUUUGGGUACUGGAGUAUUUACCUUAUUGGUGUGCAAUUGGGAAGCUCUCUCUUCUUUGGAAAAAAAUCAACUGCUACACUAUGGAGCAAUAGAAGAGCAAGGAUAAUAGUUUGGAUGCUUGCUUUUUUCUUUUGGAUAGCAACUGUGCUUCUGGAUUCCUAUGUUGAGAGAGUUUCUCGUAGAAUGUGCAACCUAGCGUAUGUCACUCUGGUGCUGGCACAGAAUUUACAGGUUCUGGCAAUAUUAAUGCUGUCUGGUUGUGUUGCUGGUAACGGAACUUCACUUCUUGAAGAAGCAUUCAACAGCAAUUUACUGGCUGCAUUUCUUUUGGCAAACCUACUCACUGGGCUAGUUAACUUAUCUGUUGACACCCUGUCUGCAUCCUCCAUCUCGGCUUUAUUUAUUUUGCUUGUUUAUGCAUUUGUUUUAUCCACUGCAAUGGGACUGGCCAAUUUUCAUGGCAUUAGGUUGAAGUUUUGGUAGGCAACAUACAAAGCGGAUUUGAUCGGGGUUUCUACGUCUUGGCAACUUAGGAACAACAAAAAUAUCAUGUCUUCAAACUACUUUUCACAGAGGACAUAUAUGAUAAAUUAUGUUUAUGUUUUA